AUGACACGCGGCUACGGCGGCGGCCACGGCGGCGGCUGCUGCGGGCGCGACGGCGGGCAUGAUGAGCCCUCGCUCCACCAAGAAGGCGGAUCAGGCGACGCCGAGCGAAGCGACGGCGAUGCAGGAACGGCAAGCUGCUGGCAAGGAAGGCCCUUUAAACCUCCGAAAAAUUGUUGCGAAGGCUAUCUUGAGGAACGCCAGCGGCACCCUCGACUCCUCUGUGCACUCGCUCGCGUCCGCAGCCAACAACAGCCGCCACAACGCGGGGACGUACGGCGACAGCAGCGGGUACGGCAGCUGCAGCGGGGACGGCAACGGCAGCGGGCACGGCAGCGGACACGGCAGCGGACACGGCGUCGUGGGAAAGGGGAGCGGCCACGGAAGCAGUGGGCACAGCCUCAGCUGGGACAGCAACGGCGCGGGCGGGGGGGCAGCGGCAGCGGUCACGGAACCGCGUGUCGGUGCCUGUCUGCCCUGUCCUCGUCCAGCACCGGUAGCCAGCACGGUUCCGGUAGCAGCCGUCAUGGGUCGGAGUCGGCGCCGCCGCCUAUUCCCGAGAACGGGGAGCUUGUCGGCGCCCUGGAUGGUUCCGGGGGGAGUGGCAGCAGCAGCCCCGCGGGACUGCUCGGCGAAAUCGGGAAGCAGUUCAGCCUUGCUCUCAACCGGUCUUUCAACCUCGAGGGGAGCGAUACCGGGGAGGCUUCGAAGCCGCCGCCGCCGGUGUCAAAGCCGAGAGAUCCGAGGACGACGGCGGAGAAAGGCCUUGAGGACACUUCGUCUCAUUCGGAGAAGACCGGGGUGGGUCGAAUGGCAGAGGGGUUGUUGAAGCAGGUCGACCGAGCGGUGCCCAGCAUAUCUGUUGGGGACGGCAGCGGCCACGGAUCGGGGUGGGGUGGGAGCGUCAGCGGCGCAGGCGGAAGCGCCCAAGGGAGCGCGCACGGUAGCGUUGCGAGCGUCGGGGCGUUGGGCAGCGGCGUCGGUGGCGGCUCGCGGAGACCAAGUGGACUCGUUUUGCCCUGGUCUCAGCAGGACAUGGAUCAGGGGCGAGAUGGCGGUGGUGGCGGCGGGGAAGACGAAGCUACCAAUCUCGACGCCGACGCGAGUGGCGACAACCGCUUUGGGCGUGCCUUCACCGGUGCCGGUGCCGGCGGUGGCACGCCGCACUUGAACGACGGCGGGCACGACGAAUCGAUGGGGCCGGCAGAACGCGCGUUUGCGGCCGCCUUCGGCGGCGGCGGCGGCGGCAGCGGCGGCGGUGCCGUCUGCAGCACUCCUCGCGUGACCUCGCACCCGAAGCUGUCGUUCGGCACGCCCGUGACGGAACGCGUUGUCUCCACGUCGACCAGCGCUUCCAUCUACGGCACGCCGAGUCGGGUCACGCCGAGCGCGUCCGUCUUCGGCACGACUCUCAGGGGUUUCGCCGCGGACACUGCCGGGCCCAGCGCCGGCAGUACCGCCGGCGGUAGCGGGCAUGGCUCCGCAGGCCCCGUCCGCAAGAGCUCGUUCGCGAUCGAGGGUGUGGUGGCGGUGGACAAGGUGGCGGGGUACGAGGCGGGGAUGGCGAACUGGCCGGCGGGGAAGGUGGAGGGGAACCCCGCGUGGGAGGAGUGGAGCUCGGCGAAGAAGCUGGUGUGCCACCUUGUCACCGCGGGCUGUUUAGCCGUGAUCGUGCUUACGUGGUGAUGGUUGUGCGCCGUGGUUGUGGAGGGGAGAACCUCUAUUUUUUCGUUUUGGCGAUCUCGCUUGUGGCUGAAGUUAUCGGGCCAGCGCCCCACGUGCUGAGAGAUGGCAAGAGGCGCUGUGGUGGUUUUAAUUGUUCGGUUUUGACAAUCGGUGCUGGCAAGGGGAACGACCCACCCCAUGAAUGAUUUUCUUUGUGUUUGCUAUUUGAUGUACGUGGAAAGAGAAUGCCUUGACUUUUAAAGAAAAACACACUACUGUCAGCGCAUGUUAGUUAUCUGUUACACAGUCCUUGGUAUUUAUAGUUGGUUCGGCCGGCGUGCUCACCGGAAAUUCAUAUCUACAGCAGUAGGUUGGUGCAACAAGCAAUGUGGAAGAUUGUUCGUUUACGUGUUUGCCCGGCGAUAGCAGCCACCGGCCGAAGUAGGCCCUGAGGAAUUGGAUGUUUCCGGAGGCCGUAGGAUUCGUACUCGAGGUCUGUUAGGUUUCUUGUAUGUCGUCGACCUAUUUAGUUGUCGUGGGAGGCAGCCUACCGGCAGCUUUCCCCGUGCUCGACGUGUUCACGUGUUCUGCCCUCUGAUGUGUGAGUGUUGGUCGUGUUCGCCUUGCAUGGCGAUUAUUCGCGCCGUGGAAACACGGCACAGCAACAAACAGGGCAUAAGCAAUCAGAGAUAAGCAAGCAGAACAUAAGCAAGCAGAGCAUAAGUAUACCGCAACAAAACAUGGCAGCGUCCUUGGCUUCUAUCUAAUCGUUUUAUGCAUAGAAAAAUGACUUCCGUUGUUGGGCACGUGUUUCGUUGAAUGUUGGGGAGGUAUAUUCACUCAGGGGUGCGCCGACCAGAGUAUUUGCCUCCCGAUUUGUUCCCUGCGUGUUUUUGGCGAAAGUCAUUCAAUUUUUGGGAAGCUGCCAACAGACGGGUGGGGCAUGUGUGUUGUUAGACGGGAUGGGCGAAGGCUUGGGGCCGGUGUUGUUGUCAUCAGACAAGUACCGUAGGUUGAGUAAGAUAUCACAUCCCCUGGGAACGAUUUUCGAAGCUCGGUACCUCGGCAGGAGAAUCAGUGACGGUGCCGACAAUGGCGGCAUUGGAACCGUCUCGUCGAGAGCUUUCCGAUAACAAACGUAUACUGCAAUUUCAGCAUCCUCUUCGUCGUGGGGUAAUCGAGCUUUGAAAAUCGGUCCACGCGGUGUGGCAUCUGAGGCAACCUAGGGUACCUUGCUGCGUCGAUCGUGUGUGACGAUUUUUCUCUGUGUUUUUGGGGGGGGUGUCGGUUAGCGUGGGCGUCCGGCGGCUUUGGAAAACUCCACGCAGAACAUGGAACACCACAGAGUGGGACAUUUUUUCGGGGGGAGCCAGAUCGUGGCAUGG